CAUUUGGUUGUACUCUGACUUCAUCAUUUCAACUUCCGAAACGAGCCGGUAGAAUGUCAGCGAAGGCAGCAAAACAGAAGAAUUUAACAAAAGAGGAGGAAUUACUUCUCCAGGAUUUUAGUAGAAAUGUUUCUACAAAGUCUUCUGCACUGUUCUACGGGAAUGCACUGAUCGUGUCGGCUAUACCGAUCUGGUUAUUUUGGAGGAUUCAUCAAAUGGACCUGUAUCAGUCUGGGAUCCUGUUUGUUGUUGGUACCGUGAUUUCAACGUACUUAGUUUCCUUGGCCUACAAGAAUGUCAAAUUUGUAUUGAAACACAAGGUGGCCCAGAAGCGGGAGGAGGCCGUGGCCAGGGAGGUGAUGAAGAUGAUCUCUGAUGACAAGAAGAUGAACAAGAAGGAGAAGGACGAGAGGAUUCUGUGGAAGAAGAACGAAGUAGCAGACUACGAAGCCACGACGUUCUCCAUCUUUUACAACAACGCAUUCUACCUGGUCUUGCUGAUUGUCAUUUCAUUUUACAUUCUCCGCAACUUCAACCCAAAUGUUAACUACGUGUUUUCAGUGGGUAGUGCAGCAGGGUUACUCGCCCUGUUCUCUACAAGCACCAAAUAACAAGGGAGGCAACUCAGAUAUCUUCAAACCAGCAUGCAGAGUUGGGGGCAGUGAUGUCCCUUUGUUUUAUAAGCUUAAAACACUUCUAAAUGUAAUAUUUUUCAAAAGCAUCACCAAGUUUUUUUGAGAAAAGUUAAAUCAAUUCAACUUGAAAGUAUUAGUUACACACUUGAGUGAACAUUGUCAUAUUUGUUUGUAUGUGCAGAAAUAAAGGUUUUAUAAGUGUA